AUGCCAAGUUCUCACACUCCUUUUGGACCAUGGCGGACAACAAGCAGCUUAGAAAAAGCAGUGGAAGUGCAAGUCUCUCGUCAACCCACUCCAGCGAGUGGAGCAUGGGUACGACUGCCAGCGCAGCGCCGCCACCGCUUGAAAGUGUCCACGGCAACGGGAUGGCCGACAGUAGGCCGUCACUCAGCAUGAGCCCCUUUCACACGGUCAACGUCCACAACAACAAGGCCAAAUCCAUUAUCACCAACAAGGUCGCACCUGUGGUCAUCACGUAUAAUUGCAAGCAGGAAUUUCAGAUCCACGAUGACAUCCGGAAGAGCAACUACAAAGUCGGACGGAUAUCGGACGCCAUGCCCGAACACUACAUGGUGCAGGGCGAGUAUUUCAUGGUGCAGGAUGUGUACAGCAAAGCAGACGUCCUCAGCACAACCAACUCCGUCGGGGCACCUAAUUUCCGCCAGGUGAAAGGAUCGUAUCCGCUAUUCGGGAUGGGUCAGCCCAGUAUGAAUGGCUUCAAACGGGUCUUGCAGAAGCUGCAAGCACAAGGACAUGAGGAGGUGAUUUUCAUUUGCGUGCGAGAGGAGCCGGUGGUCUUCCUGCACAAGGGUGACGACUUUGUUCCGUAUACCCCGAGGAGGAAGGAGAACCUCCAUGAGAACCUCCAUGGUCUGGAAAAGGAGGGACCGGUGGAAGCACUUGAACUCACUGUCAGGAAGGAGCUCCAUGACUUUGCCAAACUCAGUGAAAAUGUCUACUACGUCUACAAUGAUAUCGAGUACCUCAAAGAUGAGCCGCAGAAAAUGGUCAUCACGUGCGAAGAGGACAUCCACGUGACCGAGGAGGUUUACAAGAGGCCCGUUUUCACCUUGCCGGCCUACAGCUAUUACAGAUUACCGUUACCUGUGGAAGGAGCACCUAUGGAAGAAGACUUUGAUGCUUUUGUAAAUAUACUCAGAGAGAUCCCCAGUUUGUCCCUGCGACGCAACACGAGACCGAAGCCGCCCGCGCUGCUCUUCAGUUGCCAGGUGGGUGUUGGCCGCACCAACCUGGCCAUGAUCUUGGGCGCCCUGGCCAUCAACCGCCUCCGGGGUGACUCGGGAACGCCGCCGCCUCUGUCUGAGGAGGCAACAGAGGCACCUACAGAGCCCAAACCAGUCUUCCGCAUCAUCCAGUCUCUGAUCGCCAAGUUGCCUAAUGGGCAGCAAAUCAUGGAGGAGGUGGACCGAGCCAUAGCACUGUGUUCAGAAAUGCAUAACAUUAAAGAAGCAAUAUACGAGAACAAAAGUAAGCUGGAGGGCAUCGGAGAUGAUUAUCAGAUCCAGGGAAACAGCACCAAAAACUACUUCCUCAACAGAACACGUCAGAGCUUAGAGCGCUACUUCUACCUGAUUGUGUUUAAUGCGUACCUCCACGAGCAGUAUCCCCUAGCCUUCGUGUCCAACUUCACCCAGUGGAUGUGCCGCCACACUUGGCUAUACCGCUUGUUGGCCCGGAUGGACCUUUCCGAGCUGUCGGCGCCGCCUGAGCUGGUCACCAGGGGAGCCCGUGUCCUGGUGGCCAGUGAAUAUUUGGCGCCCGACGUCCUGAGCACCGCCAAGGAAAUGAAGGCGGUCAACUUUAGACGCGUGCCAAAGAUGCCCAUCUAUGGCAUGGCACAACCCACAUCUGAGGCCACCGGUGCUGUGCUGGCCCACCUGACGGACGAGAAACGGAAGCACAGCCACAUUCUGUGGAUCAACUUGCAAGAGGAACUGGUUUUAGAAGCAAACGGGCAGAUCUUCUCCCCAAGGGAGCCGUCUCACUUGGAUCAGCACAUCGCCAUCCCAACGUCAGACCCACUUGUCAUUGAAAAACUGGAGACGUCUCUUAAGGAGGAGAUCGUGCGAGCCCAGAAGUGGCUUGAAGUGACUCUGGAGCAGGAGAAGCAGAUGAAGAUGUUCAAGAGCAUCCUGACGGCACAGGAGAUCUUCGCUCAGCACAAGAAGCUCACCCCGGCACUUUCCUACAAGCGCGUACCUCUGCCUGAUUGCAGCGCCCCUCGGGAGGAGGAUUUUGACAAGCUCCUGGACGCAAUGAAGAGCUCCCUGGCCGAGGACUCGAGCGCAGCCUUCGUCUUCAACUGCUCUGACGGCAAAGGCAGGACCACCACGGCCAUGGUUCUCUCUGUGCUGACUCUGUGGCACUUCAACGGGUUUCCUGAGUUCACUGAAGAUGAGAUAGUCAGCGUCCCUGAUGCCAAGUACACAAAAGGAGAGUUUCAGGUUGUGAUGCAGCUCGUUCGCUUGCUCCCCGACGGCCACCGAAUGAAACGAGAAGUGGAUAUGGCUCUUGACUCUGUGUCCGAGACCAUGACACCCAUGCACUACCAUCUGAGGGAGAUCAUCAUCUGUACCUACAGACAGAUCAAAAGCGGCAAGUCGGAGAGGGAGUGUCAUCAACUUCUGCUGAAGAGCCUGCAGUAUCUGGAGCGCUACAUUUACCUCAUCCUGUUCAACACUUACCUGCACCUAGAGAAGAAAGACUCCUGGCAGCGCUCCUUCACACUCUGGAUGGAGCAGGUGGCCUCCAAAGCCGGAGUGUACGACAUCCUCAAUCGGCUGAGCUUCUGUGAGUUCAAGACCCCCAGGGACGCCGCUCCACCGGCCCGGCUGCGUUGGCGCUGGCAGCAGCAGAACAGUCUUUCUGAGCUUCCAUUCAGAGGGCACUUCCUCUGA